AUGGCCGCCGAGGACGGGCCCCCCACGGCACCUGCCCGGUUCCACGCGGUGCCCCCCGGGCCGCCUUCGAAGCCCGACGCGUGGGACGAGGCGUAUCUCAAGGGGAACCUCUCAAAAUGGGACCUCAAGUCCGGACUGCGAGUGCGGAGGUACCGGUACGAGCGAGCAUACCACAAAAUGGCGGCGGACGAGUUCCUGACCGAUCUCCUGAACGACCCGGGCUUUCAGAGCACCUUCCAGGUCGUCGACAAGGCCGGGAAGGAGCAGCCCUUUCCCCACGGGCCCGUGACCGGGAUCCGCGCGACUGCCCUGGCGGCCACGGAGACGUCGAUGUCGUUCUUCGACCGCCUCGAGGACUGCGACCCUGCGAUCGUCGGGCACUCCGGCACGAUCGCCAGGUGCAUCGAGGACGUCGUCGACGGGCAGAACGUGCACAACAUGCUGCAGGAGGCGCUGACUCGAGAGGGGGACUCCGAGGAGCACCCCGACCUCUUCACACCGGACGAACGGAAACAGCUUCUGUAUAGAGUGUUCCGGCUGAUGGUGCUCGGCGGCGCGUGCAACCAGUACGAGGACACCUUGGAGCCCUACCUGGAGUCCACGAAGCGGCUGUACAAGGGUUUGCUCGCUGUGCGCAAGGCGCCUGCGACCCCGGGGGGAGUCGAGGUGGUGUCGGGGGCGUACGAGCUGCUCUCGGUGGGAUCCGCGGGAGCCGACGGCAGCGCGUUCCGGCUGUUUCCAAGAGCGCACCCCAACAACGCGUUCAUGGUGGUGGCGGACCCGGUGCGCAAGGUUGCCACGGUCAUCUACCACGCGGUCGGCAGCGCGUGGUGA